AUGGGUAAUGCAGAAAGCAAUGCCUAUCAGAAUCACCUUUCCAGAUUUCUUCCUGAGGAGCAGUCUGACAUUGAUGGAAUAUUUGAUACCUUAUCAGGAUCGAGUGGGUCAGCUGGAGCAAAAAAUGGCAAAGCUACAAAGAAAACUGUGACUCUGGCAGCACUACAGGCAUAUACGCGGGAGCCAUUACCAGAGCAAAUGACUGUUCGGUUAUACAACGGAAUGAAAAGUAUUGACCUGACUGGGAAAUCAUCUGGGCUAAGCGAACAGAUUACGAAGGAGCAGUUUGUAAUUUUUAUGUCAAACCUCUUAAAAGGGAAUGCAGAUGAGAAGAUUACCAUAAUAAUGAGAAUGAUCUCCAAGGCAGAAGGGCCUGUGAAGGGCAAACAAAUCCAAGAGUUCACAGAGGAUCUGAUCAUGUCUGUAGUCCAUGUACUGAGCUACAGGAAGGAACUGAAAGGUUGGAAUUUGGAGAAUACUAGGGAUUCUACAAGUGGAGUAAAGGCUCUGGCUUCUCAGCUGCUGUCAGAAUUGAAGCUUGCAGAUGGGACAAAAUCUGUGGGGCCUCAGCUGAUGGAGACAAAUUUUCAUCAAAGUGUCAUUGAGGAUUGGGUGUACCGAGUUCCACAGAUCUCAAUUUUCCUCAGUGUUAUCAUCAGGCAAGGCCUCCAUGUUCUGCAUUCUCUCCCAGACCAAACCAAAGAUAUACUCAACCUGGUUCCAGGCUGCAAAGGCAUCAAAGGAAGAGGACUCGUCAGUCUCUUUGACAUCCCAUCCAUCAUGUACAUCAACUCCCAUCUACCUGCAGAGCUACAGCACAAGUGGCAGCUUUUAUUUUCUUCGAGGCUUCAUGGAGAAAGCUUUUCACAGUUAUGUGGGCAUAUAGUGAACAAAGGUCCUUGCAUAGUGAUCUUAAAGGACUUAGACGGUUAUAUCUUUGGUGGGUUUGCAUCUCAUUCCUGGGAGGUGAAGCCACAGUUUCAAGGUGACAACAGAUGCUUUCUGUUUUCUGUUUUCCCCUCUCUUGCUGUAUAUACAUACACAGGGUAUAAUGACCACUACAUGUAUUUGAACCAUGGCCAACAAACAAUGCCAAAUGGACUUGGUAUGGGUGGACAACAUGGUUACUUCGGACUCUGGAUAGACAGUGACUAUGGGAAGGGACACAGUAAAGCUAAACCUCGAUGCACCACCUACAACAGUCCCCAGCUGUCAGCUAAAGAGGAUUUUACACUGGAUGCCAUGGAAGUUUGGGCAGUGGGAGACCUUCCUGAAAGUGCAGGGACAAAAAGUAAGAAGAGUAUCCUGGAUGUAGAUCCUGAGGCUCAGGCCUUAUUAGAAAUGACUGGAAAAAGUCGUCAGAGCGAAGGUCUACGAGAACCCAUUGAAGAGGAUGAUGAUGAUGAUAACUAAAAGAAUCACAGUAACAUGAAAAACCUUUUUUAUUUGCUCCUGAGUGUUAAUAUUCUUUGGCCAGGAUGUUUUUUCCUCAUUUUUUUUCCUUACAUUUAUGUAGUUAUCUGGGAUGAAGCUUAAGCCUUGUACUUAUGUAAUAUUUAGGUCCAAUACAAUAUCCUGCCUGAAGGGUUUUGUUUGGGGAGGGCAGAAAAUUAUUAGACAUCUCUAAGUUCUAGCUGAAUAUGAAUUUGCUAGCAUUCCCGAUAGAUCCUGCCUGCAUACAGAAUUAAAAACAAAAGACGAAGUUAUUGACAGUACGGCUUACUGACUUGGAGAAUUGAUAUGUAUUUAUAUAAAGACUAUUCAAGACACUGAUUAAGGCUCUUAAACCUCAACUGCACAUAUUUAUUUGCAUGCAAUGAAAUUAGGCAGCGAAGCUUGCAAAUUGUAAUGAUGUCUUACAUUGGUAAACAUAGAAUAGUCCACGUCACGCCAUAUGAAGGAUGCUAUUAAUUUGCAUUGCUCCAGUUAAAGCAUUAAAUUUCAUGUUUUCUAAGUCAGAUUUCCAGCAAGUGACUCUAUAUGGGCUGUAAGAUGUACAGAAUGCGAAGUAACAGUAUCCAGUUUUAUAAUACUACACUACACCUUAGUGCAUUUCACUUAAGAGGUUUCUGCAGAAAUUUGCCUAUUGCUUUUUAAACUUAGUCGAACAGAGCCAUUGGGAGUCAUUCUGCCAUAUUUACCCUAAGAAUGGGCCAUACCUCCAGCAGAAAUUCUCUAGGGAAGGUACCUUCUUUAGUAGCCUCACUUGAGACUGGAGUAAAAGAUCAGGCUGUAAAAAGGAUUAAAUAAGAAGCAUCCGCAGUUAAUUGGGAAUA